AUGGCUCUUCAAGCGAGAUUUAUCGCCAGAAAUAUGAAUAUGGGGUGUAGGAAGAAAGUGUGGGGUGCUGGAACAAAUGAACAUUUACUACGUAUGAGUGAGGCCCUGCAAGAGAAAGGACAAAAAAUAGGCAAUAACCAAAAACAAGAAAGCCUUAAAAACUUUUUUCUUCCAUCUAUAUAUGCCUCCAAAUCCACAACCUCUUAA